GCCCCGGCUCCCCCGUCGCCGGUAACGAGAGGCGGCUGCGGAGACCCGGGGCCCUCACGGGGCUCUCCCCUCUUACACCGCGUUGUAAGUGUUUUGCAAGGUGCGUUGCCGCACGUAGGACAAUAAACUUCCCCACACAGACGCAUCGAGACGGCUUCGCGGCAGGAUUAACUGAAGUCGGGGCUUGUCCCGGUUCAGCGCUGCCGCCGGCUCCCUCCCGGGGGCACCGCCGGGCGACACCCGGUGCUCCGCGGCCCGGCCGCGCUGCUCAAACCCGCCCCUCGCUGAUGUCACCCGCCCCCCCGGGGCCGCUGUAGCCGCUCCGCGCCCGCGGACACAGCGCGGCCGCUGGAUCGCCGCGCUGCCCCCCCGACACACACGCUCCGGCCCCCCGGGCACAGCGGGAGCCGCGGUGGCCGCAGCCGCGUUGCGGCGAGGAGGCAGGAGCCGCGUUCGAGCACCGGGGGAAGGACGCGUUCGAAAAGCCUUUGUCUUGGUAACCGGCAUCUCGUCCUUCCUGCCGGCGGCGGCGGGGGGGGCUCAGUCGUUCUGCGGCCGCCCCAGGCAUGCCGUGCCGGGGCUGCGGGAGGCGGCCGGUUGCGCACGCUUCCGACGGAUGCCUCAGGCUGUAGCGGCGGCGUUUGGGGUGCGGGACUCGGCAGCGGCUGCCGGUGCGAGCGGGUGUGGAAUUCCCGUGAGCGCGGUCUGGAAGAGGAAGAGCUGGAAGAAAGGAGCCGAAUUGUUGGUUCUCCUCUGCCUGGGUCAGCCUUCCUGCAUGGUCGCAUUACUCUCGUGUGGACACAUUGUCAAGCGCGUACAGAGAAAGAGACUCGCUUAUUUUUACCCCCCCCGUGCUUGGUUUUCGUCGUGAUCAUCGUGCAGAAAUAACCACUUUUCUCCCAGUUUGCUGGUCCGCACCGAGGCAGGGGGAAUAUGCUCAUGAAGGAGUACCGGAUCUGCAUGCCUUUGACAGUUGAAGAGUACAGAAUUGGCCAGCUGUACAUGAUAAGCAAGCAUAGCCAUGAGCAGAGUGACCGAGGUGAAGGUGUGGAAGUGGUGCAGAAUGAACCCUAUGAAGAUCCAAACCAUGGCAAUGGUCAGCUAACAGAAAAACGUGUCUAUCUCAACAGCAAACUGCCUAGCUGGGCUAGAGCCGUUGUUCCCAAAAUAUUUUAUGUUACAGAGAAGGCUUGGAAUUAUUAUCCUUAUACAAUCACAGAAUACACAUGUUCAUUUUUGCCUAAAUUCUCCAUUCACAUAGAGACAAAAUACGAGGACAACAAAGGAAGCAAUGACAGUAUUUUUGACAAAGAAGCUAAAGACCUGGAGCGAGAAGUCUGCUUUAUUGAUAUUGCCAGUGAUGAAAUUCCUGAGCGCUAUUACAAGGAAUCAGAGGAUCCUAAAUAUUUCAAGUCACAGAAGACUGGGAGAGGCCAAUUAAAAGAAGGCUGGAGAGAGACACAUCAGCCCAUCAUGUGUUCCUACAAGCUUGUGACCGUGAAAUUUGAAGUCUGGGGGCUUCAAACCAGAGUAGAGCAAUUUGUACACAAGGUGGUCAGAGAUAUACUAUUGAUCGGUCACCGGCAGGCUUUCGCCUGGGUUGAUGAGUGGUACGACAUGACAAUGGAUGAAGUCCGAGAGUUUGAACGAGCAACUCAGGAAGCCACCAACAAGAAAAUUGGGAUUUUCCCACCUGCAAUAUCUAUCUCUAACACUUCCAUGCCUUCUUCAACCCGCAGUGCUCCAUCUAGUGCUCCAUCGACUCCUCUCUCCACAGAUGCUCCUGAAUUCCUAACAGUUUCCAAAGACCGGCCUCGGAAAAAGUCUGCUCCAGAAACUCUCACUCUUCCAGAUCCAGCGAAAAAAACCCUUUAAAUUCACCCAGCAUGUUUCCUCCUGAUAAGCCAUGUCUACCACAGCAAGAGUGAUGUAACUCAGUUUCUACAAAGGUCAUGGUGGUUUGUUGUUUGGUUUUUUUUUUUGCUUAAAAUAAUCUUUCUGGUGUGGAAAGAUUACUUCUUUCCUCAGACUUGAUCCUUAAAACCUUCAGAGAAGUGCAUGCAAGAGAACGUAGUCUAUAUACUCCUAAAGUAGUGUUUCAAGCCAUCUGGUGCAUCGUCCUGACAUACAAUGACAUAGUCUGAGGGGAACGCUGUAAAUGAAAUCUUUCUGUAGCAGUAUUCUACCUACAAAUCCUCAUCUAGGUCAUAGCAUUUAUAAUUGGGAGUAGGUAUUUAGUAAAGCUGCCAAGGACUUCUGUGGCAAAUUAGUGCCAACUCGAAUGCAGGGUUAACAGGAAAAAAACCCUCCCAUUUUCUUCUUUUACAGCUGGUUUUAAAAUCCUUCCUGCUCUCAGGCUUCAGUGUAUUCAUAAACCUUUAACCUGUAACUCAUUGUACUUGAACACCAACACCAGUCACUCAAGAUUCACAUUUUGCUUAAUAUGACUCAGGAUUUGGGGCCUAGUUAACAAACAAAACUUUUCAGACCUAAAAUAUUACUGUAUUGAAGCCCCAAUUGUAAUUAAUUUUACUGACUUUGAGGCCAUUGAACUAUUUCUAUCUUGCACAGAAUUUGUAAAAGAAACCACCUAUUUCUUGUAGAUAAUGUAUUUUAAUAGCUCUUCCCUGUCCUUUUGUGAUCUCUUAAAUCCCUCUUGGCAUUCAUCAGUUGUGUUCCAUGUGUAAGAUUGCAAAAAAGCAGCUAAAUUGAGCCAGUUGAGAAGCAAAAUCAAUGAAUUCUUUCUUUUCCUUAUUGGAAGAUGAGUAGUAGUUACACUGUUAAGACCUUGAACGUAAAGAAAAUACAAGACUCCUUUUUCUUUCCUGCCUCCCAUCUUUUCCAAACAGCUAACAGUUGUUUCCAGGCUUUGCCAUCAUCUAGAUAAGGGGUGAACAAAAUCAGCCACUUUGAAAAGCAAAUGAGUUAAGGGGCUGCUCAGUUCUGUGUAGGGUGACAUUAAGGAAACAGAAGUGGCCUGCCUUCCUGGUCUGUGUGAAAUCGCUCUUCAAUCUCAGGAAUUAAAAUGUAGAAAAGAUGUUUCCCAGUGGAAAAGAUUGUGGAAGGAGGAGAAAAACAAAUCGCAGAAGUAAUCUCUUCCUAGGCUCAAUGAGGGGCUUUCCCUGCGGACCCAAAUUGCUGUUUAAUGAAUGCUGUCAGUACCUGUCUCUCUUGGUAGCUGUAGUAGAGGUUAAGUAAGCCUUUGUUCAAUUCCAGUGAAUGACAGCCAUUACCUGAAUCAUAUGAUCAAAGUGGGUUAUACUUUGUGCCACUGAUUACAUGGGACGUGGGUUAGAAAAAAGAGAGUCCUCCAGAGCUGAACUAUCACUGAGUGCUGGCUGGGGAUGGCCUCUUACCUGGGCAGGACCUUUGUGCUGUUUUCUCAGCACAAGCCUGUGAUUUGACUGGCUUAAAUGCACUGAACUUCUCAAUGGCUGUAGAUCUACAAAGUUAUGUUGAAUGUGCGAUAUUUAUAAGGUAGUUCUAGUAGCAGGAGAAUUCCACUGCCAACCUGCACUGACAACAAGUGUAUAUUUGUUUGAUAGUUAAAAUCCUGUAGCUAGCAAAAUCUGGGAGCCCUUUUUAGGUUAGCUGUGGUCUGACUUCCUGCAUUCUCCUACUUACUGUCCGUGUCCUGCUUCACUUUUCUUCUCAGAGCUACUAAUUCUGUGUGAUUAGUAAAUUAAUGAGUGAUGCUUUUUUUUUUGCUUAGAAAGAAGCUGCUGUAAUGCAAACAAAACUUUCCUACAUUAGUUUAUGAUUUCAGCUUCAAGAGUGUGCAGAUUAUAUAUUCAUGAUUAUAACUGGUCUAAUCUCAUUAUUAUUUAUUUAGUAGCAAGAUUGGAACAUUAGCAGAGAAAAGAAACCUUUGAAAACAUCAAGCAUUGUUUGGUUGGGUUUUUUAUUUCCUGAAUUUGACCUAUAUAGAAAAAGUUUAGGUCUGCUCCACCUGAAAAUCUGGUUUUCAAUGAUUUUUUUCUUUGUCAAAGAAAGGCAUCAUGUCCCUGUGCUUACAGAUAAAUGUUUCUAUGUAAGUUUUGGCAUCUGGGUUUUACAGAGAUGAUUAGACAAAAGCAGUCGUACCUUUACUCGUAUGUAACAGAUUGAUUUCUAAUCCCUUGUGGAUACAUUGGUUAUCAUAUUAAUUUGGUUUGGGGAUAGGGCACGUAGGAAAAUUCUGAACAUACCUGUAUAGGACACAUCUUAAGAGCUGCAUGACAGAGAUGUAGGAGAAUGACAGGCCGCUCAGUGCUGUGUCUCUGUGCUGCUGCUGCAGCCCUUCUCCCUGCAGCGCUACUCUUGAGGAGGGUUCACUGACCCAACAGCCUGAAUUCACUGUUGGUCACCACAAGGAUCACGAUCAGCCACUUUGCUUCCCUGGGGCUUCCUAAUGAAGGCAAAUAAAAGGAUCUGUAAUGUUCUGUUGCCCUGGAUAAGAAACACCUCAGGCUUUUCACUGCCUGUGUAAGUACCCUCUGCUGUGUUCUGCUUUGCUUUCCCCACCAGUCAUGACCCGUUUGGUCAAUAGGAUCUUUAAAUAUCCUUUUCAUUCGGUUGUUCUUUCUUUCUUUCUAAGGUAGGACAACUUUUUCUAGAAUAUUCCCAGCAAACACUCAAACCCACACAAAACUAAGAAAAAAGGAAGGUCUGAAUACUAAAGUGUAACAUCUUGGAGCGAAGGGGUGGUUUUCAUUACUAAUUUUUUCACAGUGCUUUCUGUUGUAUUUUCAAGCAUGUUUAUUAGGAGAAAAAUAGCAUUUUGCAGGUGUUCAUCACUUCUUUUAUGAAAAUAAAUGAUGUGAUUAUUUAGUGAGUCCAUCUUUAGAGUGUGGAGCCCUGCGGCAAAGCUGAAUAGGCACAAUAGCCUGUUCCUGCUCUCCACCACAGUGACUGAAGAAUUACGUGAUACAGCUCUGUAAGGGCUUGAUGGGGAGUUCUUCGUCAAGGAGAGUGCAGUUUGGAGCAAAUAACAUGAUGAGUUUGUUUGGGUUUCUAUUAAAACCUCCUCCCAGCUUUACUUUUAUGUAUUUCAUAUGGAACAAUCAUUACAAAAUGACUGGCAAUUCAUUGCUGCCUUUAGAGGGGUAGAUCUAAAAAAAGGGAGGUAUCCAUGAAGGCUAUGAGGAGCAGCACAUUCCUGAAACACCUACUUAAUAGGAUCUCUUAUGAAUGUAAUGGUUAAUUUUGUAAAUGACUGGAUAAACCCUAUGGAAAGAAACUAUUUGACCUUAUUCUUUAGCUUUUUUUAUUAUUCUGGAAGGUGAUUUUGUGACAUCUAGUAGCCAGUUUGCAUUAAUUGCUGCUGUAGAGAUUUUGAAAUGGAAAUAUUUGUUCCUUGAGUUUUAGUUUGUAACCAGACCGCUGUAUUUUGUUAAAACUGCUUUGAAGCUUGCUGCACUGUAACUUCAAACCAACCUGCUAUCCUUUGAAACAAGGCAAAUGUAUAUGCUUUUUAUGAAGUAGUGAGUGCAGUAAGAGAGAAUUCAUGAUCUUGUCAAUAGGAGCUUUUCUGUUUCCAUUGUUUGGUCUUGGGUUUAUAUGUGUAACUUAAAAUUGCUAAAUAAGUCUAACAAUGUUUUCUUUAUAGGAACAGCAUGGUCAUUGAAUUACAAUCUCCAGUAGUUUUGUGCUGUCACUGAAACAGGUUUCAUUGGUUUAUUUUGUUUCUGUGAUAAUUCCACCUGAGACUGAAUGUCCAGUAAUUCAUUUCUUUUGUUUAGAACAAUGGUGGCUGCAUUAGGCAAUACAUCACCACCAUCAAAGAAGGACCAAGUUUUGAAAUGCUCUGCAUGUUAAAUAAUGCAAGGCUCAGCAGGAGAAUCUGAUUGUCAUAUUUCUCACUCAUAUCAUUUAGUUUCUGAUUUUCCAAGUUAUUUAUUAUUUUUAAUAUUGUAUUUUUUCCUUGCAUUUUGUUGUAAAUAAACUACCAACAAUUAUUCUUUACA